AUGACUGAGAUCGCUAGGAGCUCUAGAGAGCAGGGAGGUCUGUUUGCAGGGCAUAGUUGCACAAUUGAGAAGUUUAAUAAGAUGAAUCCUCUAGCAUUUUCAGGGGGAGUCGAUCCUGCAGUUGCUGAAAAUUGGAUGCAAGAGACUGAGAAAGAUUUGGAAGUGCUACAGUAUUUCCCAGCCACUGUUAGGGAAGUUAAAGUGAAAAGGUUCCUAAACCUGAAACAGAAUUUGCUGUCAGUACAACAGUAUGCGGCACGGUUUAUAGAGCUCUCACGAUUUUCUCCGUAUAUUGUUCCUAAUGAAAUUAAGAAGGCGAGACAGAUUGAGAGAUGUUUGAGGCAAGGUAUAUUCAAGCAGGUUGUAGUGCUGAAGAUACAGGACUUUGCUGAGUUGGUCGAUAGAGGAGCUUUGGUUGAGAUUAGAGAGCGUAUGGACGCAGAGGAGCAAGAACAGAAGAAGAGAUCUGUGUCAUCUGGCUUUCAGCAGGGUUUUAGGCAGGGUUUGUGGAGGAGAGGAAACUACGGUAGAGGACAGAGGCAGGUGGUUGGGGAUUAUAAGGUGCAGGCGAUGCAGAAUCCUCAUGUCUGUCAGACUUGUGGGAGGAGGCAUUGGGGAGAGUGUCGACUGGGACGAGCUGUCUACUAUCGCUGCGGUAGACAUGGGCAUUUAAUGUGUGAUUGCCCUACACCACCAUAUGUUGCUUCAGCUCCUAGAUCAUAUCAAGGAGGCUAUCAAGCACCACGUGGAGGCUAG